AGACGUCGCCCCCGGAAGUGGCGGCCAGCCGGCAGGGCGGGGCUGCGGCUGCCACGUUGGAGCGGAACGUGGAGUGGCCUUGGGCCGGGAGGAGGGGCAGCGACGGAUGCUGAGAGAGUCCAACGGGCGCCGCGCUAGCUCCGGAGCCGGUCGUCGAGGGUCCCCGCCAGCAGGAUGAAGUUAAAGGAAGUGGAUCGUACAGCCAUGCAGGCAUGGAGCCCUGCCCAGAAUCACCCCAUUUACCUAGCUACAGGAACAUCUGCUCAGCAAUUGGAUGCAACAUUUAGUACCAAUGCUUCCCUUGAGAUAUUUGAAUUAGACCUGUCUGAUCCAUCCUUGGAUAUGAAAUCUUGUGCCACUUUCUCAUCUUCUCACAGGUACCACAAGUUGAUCUGGGGACCUUAUAAGACGGAUUCCAAAGGCGAGGUCUCUGGAGUUCUGAUUGCAGGUGGUGAAAAUGGAAACAUUAUUCUUUAUGAUCCUUCCAAAAUCAUAGCUGGGGACAAGGAAGUUGUGAUUGCCCAGAACGAGAAGCACACGGGCCCAGUGAGGGCCUUGGAUGUGAACAUUUUCCAGACUAAUCUGGUAGCCUCUGGUGCUAAUGAAUCUGAAAUCUACAUUUGGGAUCUAAACAAUUUUGCAACUCCAAUGACGCCAGGAGCAAAAACACAGCCCCCAGAAGAUAUCAGCUGUAUUGCAUGGAACAGACAAGUGCAGCAUAUUUUAGCAUCAGCAAGUCCUAGUGGCCGAGCCACUGUAUGGGAUCUCAGAAAAAAUGAACCAAUCAUCAAAGUCAGUGACCAUAGUAACAGAAUGCAUUGCUCUGGGUUAGCCUGGCAUCCUGACAUUGCUACUCAGAUGGUUCUUGCCUCUGAGGACGACCGGCUACCUGUGGUCCAGAUGUGGGAUCUCCGAUUCGCCUCUUCUCCUCUGCGUGUCCUGGAAAACCAUGCCAGGGGAAUUUUAGCAAUUGCUUGGAGCAUGGCAGAUCCUGAAUUGUUGCUAAGCUGUGGAAAAGACGCUAAGAUUCUCUGCUCCAAUCCAAAUACAGGAGAGGUGUUGUAUGAACUUCCCACAAACACACAGUGGUGCUUUGAUAUUCAGUGGUGUCCCCGAAAUCCUGCCGUCUUAUCUGCUGCUUCCUUUGAUGGUCGUAUCAGUGUUUAUUCUAUCAUGGGAGGGAGUGCAGAUGGUUUAAGGCAGAAACAAGUCGACAAGCUUUCAUCAUCUUUUGGGAAUCUUGAUCCCUUUGGCACAGGACAGCCGCUGCCUCCACUACAGAUUCCCCAGCAGGCCACACCACGCAGUCCAGGGCUGCCUCUGAAGAAGCCACCUAAGUGGAUUCGAAGGCCUGUUGGUGCUUCCUUCUCGUUUGGCGGCAAACUGGUUACAUUUGAGAAUAUCAGGAUACAGCCUCUGCAGGGGGCUGAGCAGCAGCAGCAGUACCAUGUGUUCGUUAGUCAGGUUGUAACAGAAAAGGAGUUCCUGCGCCGUUCAGACCAACUGCAGCAGGUGGUGCAGUCGCAAGGGUUCAUCAGCUAUUGCCAGAAGAAGAUCGAUGCUUCUCAGACUGAGUUUGAGAAAAACGUGUGGUCUUUUUUGAAGGUAAACUUUGAGGAUAAUUCUCGUGGAAAAUACCUUGAACUCCUGGGAUACAGAAAAGAAGAUCUAGGAAAGAAGAUUGCUUUGACCUUGAACAAAGUGGAUGGAGCUGAUGUGGCUCUUAGAGACUCUGACCAAGGGGCACAGAGUGAUGGGGAGGAGAGCCCUGCUGCUGAAGAGCAGCUCUUGGGAGAGCACAUUAAAGAGGAAAAACAAGAAUCUGAAUUUCUACCCCCAGCUGCAGGAACAUUUAAUAUCUCCAUCAGUGGAGACAUUGAUGGUUUAAUCACUCAGGCUUUGCUGACGGGUAAUUUUGAGAGUGCUGUUGACCUUUGUUUACACGAUAAUCGCAUGGCUGAUGCCAUUAUAUUGGCCAUAGCAGGUGGACAAGAACUCUUGGCACAAACUCAGAAAAAAUACUUUGCAAAAUCCCAAAGCAAAAUUACCAGGCUCAUCACUGCAGUGGUGAUGAAGAACUGGAAAGAGAUUGUUGAGUCUUGUGAUCUUAAAAAUUGGAGAGAGGCUUUAGCUGCAGUAUUGACUUAUGCUAAACCAGAUGAAUUUUCAGCCCUUUGUGAUCUUUUGGGAACCCGACUUGAAAGUGAAGGAGAUAGCCUGCUGCAGACCCAGGCGUGUCUCUGCUACAUCUGUGCAGGAAAUGUAGAGAAGCUGGUUGCGUGUUGGACUAAAGCUCAGGAUGGCAGCCACCCUUUGUCCCUGCAGGAUCUGAUUGAGAAAGUUGUCAUCCUGAGGAAAGCUGUGCAACUUACCCAAGCUAUGGAUGCCAAUACCGUGGGGGUUCUUUUGGCUGAGAAGAUGAGUCAGUAUGCCAAUUUGUUGGCAGCUCAGGGCAGUAUUGCUGCAGCGUUGGCUUUUCUUCCUGACAACACCAACCAGCCAAAUAUUGUGCAGCUUCGUGAGAGACUUUGUAGAGCACAAGGAGAGCCCAUGCCAGGACACGAAUCACCUAAAACUCCUUAUGAGAAGCAGCAGCUGCCCAAAGGCAGGCCUGGACCAGUUGCUGGCCAUCCCCAGAUGCCAAGAGUUCAUACUCAACAGUACUACCCCCAGGGAGAGAACCCUCCACCUCCGGGCUUCCUACUGCGUGAAAAUGUUACUCCCAGCACUGCCGCCCAGCAGCCCACGCCACCAGGCCACAUGCACACCCAGGGGCUACCUUAUCCACAGCCACAGCCCUAUCAACCAGCCCAGCAGUAUUCCUUCGGAGCAGGGGGGUCAGCCGCGUACCGACCUCAGCAGCCUGUUGCUCCUCCUUCCAGUGCUUACCCUAACAACCCUUACCUCUCUCCUGCUUCUUCCUAUCCUGGGCAGUCUCAGCUCUAUGCAGCACAGCACCAGGCCUCUCUGCCUGCCCCCAGCCCCACUGCUUCUUUCCCUCCUCCCCCCUCAUCUGGAGCAUCCUUCCAGCAUGGCGGACCAGGAGCUCCACCAUCGUCUUCAGCUUACGCACUGCCUCCUGGAACAACAGGUACACUGCCUGCUGGCAGUGAGCUGCCUGCAUCCCAGAGAACAGAAAAUCAGAGUAUCCAAGACCAGGCACCUAUGUUGGAAGGUCCCCAGAAUGGUUGGAAUGACCCUCCAGCUUUGAACAGAGUACCCAAGAAGAAGAAGAUGCCGGAAAACUUCAUGCCUCCUAUUCCUAUCACAGCACCCAUCAUGAACCUUUUGGGUGACCCCCAGUCCCAGAUGCUGCAGCAGCAGCCUUCGGCGCCAGCACCACCAUCAAGCCAGCCUUCACUCCCACAGCCUCACCUUCCCGGGGGCCAGCCCUUCCACAGCAUCCAGCAGCCUCUUGGUCCAGCAGUGCCGCCACCCUUCUCAAAGCCCAACAUUGAAGGUGCCCCAGGGGCUCCUAUUGGAAACACCUUCCAGCAUGUGCAAUCUUUGCCAACAGAAAAAAUCACCAAGAAACCAAUUCCAGAUGAACACCUCAUUCUAAAGACCACAUUUGAGGAUCUGAUUCAGCGUUGUCUGUCUUCAGCCACAGACCCUCAAACCAAGAGGAAGCUAGACGAUGCCAGCAAGCGCUUGGAGGUUCUGUAUGAUAAACUGAGGGAGCAGACACUUUCGCCAACAAUCGCCAGUGGUUUGCACAACAUUGCCAGGAGCAUUGAGACCCGAAACUACUCAGAAGGGUUGACCAUCCAUACCCACAUAGUCAGCACCAGCAACUUCAGCGAGACCUCUGCCUUCAUGCCCGUGCUUAAAGUGGUUCUCACCCAGGCCAAGAAGCUGGGUGUCUAAAAGGACAGCUGCCCUCCUGCUCAGCGUUGCCGUCUUUCCAAAGAAACACAUUAAGAUAAAAUGACAAGACGUGGACCAACCCUCAUCCGCAUGUUUCCAUAGCAGCAGCUGAGAGUAUUUCCACUGUUCUGCAGAUAAACUCACCUAGAACUGCUCAGAACCCUGGUGCUUUCUUUUUGUUUCAAUCUUUUGUUGCCUGUGAUGAUUUUCCUAUUCUGCAGAUAGUAUUUCCUGGAUUAUACAUAGUAUGGUUUUCUGAAAUAUUCUGAGCAGUGUGCUGUUUAAACCUCAAUAUACUUCUUAGAAAAGGGAGCAUCUGGUUAUGCACACAGCAGAGCGAAAACUAAACUUCUCUCCUGUCCUCCCUCCUUCUGUCAAUCAGAUUAAAGUAUGUAAUCCCA